GGAAGGGUUUAAGGCAGCCUCCAUUGCCAACCCCCUCUUCCUCCUCCUUCCCUUUCUUCUCUUUUCCCCCAUUGUUUCUUCUCCAAGUUUACCUUUUGAUGCUAUCUUCACACUUUACUCAGUUCUCUACACCUUUAUUUCGACUUAUCAGUCAAUUCGACUAACCUUUUUUCUUCAGUUUUCCAAUAAAAAAGAUCCACUGAAUAUGUGGAGAUAUAUAUCAAAACACGCUUAUUCAAGAAAAUUCAGAAACAGCCAUGAUUCAGCUUUAUUGGGUUUUUCUCAGUAUUCUUCUUCUUUUGGAAAAACUAGACCUUUACAAUGCUUGUGUGAAGAAAGUACCACACACCCCAACUUGGGUUUGUCUCAAAAUUCAAUAUUUUCUAGAAUUAGUAGAAAAGUUAGGCAUUUAGAAGGCAUUUGUGAAGAAAGUUCUAAAAAUCCUCACUUGGGUUUGUCUCAAAAUUCAACCUUUUCAAGUGUUAAAGGGGAUUUUCGCAUUUGCGGUAAGAGGGGUAGUGGAUCUUUAGGACGUUUAAGGAGUUAUGGUAGUGCUGCAGAAGCUAUUGUGUCUACAUCAGAAGAAGAUAUUGAUGAAAUUCAAGAAUUAAUAGAGGAAAUGGACAAAGAAAAUGAGGCUUUGAAGGCCAAUUUGCAACCAAAGCAGCCUAAAACAAUAGGUGGGAUGGGGGUUGGGAAGUACAAUUUUCUUAGGAGAAGGCAGAUAAAAGUAGAAACCGAAGCGUGGGAAGAGGCGGCGAAGGAGUAUCAGGAGCUAUUGAUGGAUAUGUGUGAGCAGAAGCUGGCACCGAACUUGCCUUACAUGAAAUCGUUGUUCUUGGGUUGGUUUGAGCCGUUGCGGGAUGCUAUAGCUGCUGAGCAGAAGUUGUGUGAUGAAGGGAAGAACCGCGGGGCAUAUGCUCCGUUUUUUGAUCAAUUGCCUGCUGAAAUGAUGGCUGUGAUUACAAUGCACAAGUUGAUGGGUUUGCUAAUGACUGGUGGAGGAACUGGUAGUGCUAGAGUUGUACAAGCUGCUUCCUACAUUGGAGAAGCUAUUGAGCACGAGGCCAGAAUACAUAGAUUUUUGGAGAAGACCAAGAAAAGCAAUGCAUUGAGUGGUGACUUGGAAGAAACACCUGGUGAUAUGAUGAAAGAAAGAGAGAGGCUAAGGAAAAAAGUAAAAAUUUUGAUGAAGAAACAAAAGCUGCGGCAGGUUAGAAAGAUAGUGAAGCAGCAGGAUGAUGAAAAGCCUUGGGGCCAGGAUAACCUUGUCAAGGUUGGGUGCCGAUUGAUUCAGAUAUUAAUGGAAACUGCGUAUAUACAGCCUCCAAAUGAUCAGUUAGAUGAUGGUCCACCAGAUAUUCGGCCAGCAUUUGUGCACACCCUCAAAACUGUAGAAACAAUGAAAGGUAGCAGGAGAUACGGCGUGAUUCAAUGUGAUCCACUUGUUCGUAAAGGCCUUGAUAAAACUGCUAGACACAUGGUGAUUCCAUAUAUGCCGAUGCUGGUUCCUCCACAGAGUUGGUUAGGGUAUGACAAAGGUGGUUACUUAUUUUUACCAUCAUACAUUAUGCGGACACAUGGAGCAAAACAGCAGCGUGAAGCAGUUAAAAGAGUUCCAAAGAAGCAAUUGGAACCUGUAUUCCAGGCACUUGACACUCUUGGUAAUACCAAAUGGAGGGUGAAUAGAAAGGUACUUGGCAUAGUAGACAGAAUAUGGGCUAGUGGAGGCCGUCUUGCUGAUUUAGUUGACAGGGAAGAUGUACCUUUACCAGAAGCGCCGGACACAGAAGAUGAAGCAGAAAUCAGGAAAUGGAAGUGGAAAGUUAAAGGUGUGAAAAAAGAGAACUGCGAGAGGCAUUCUCAGCGGUGUGAUAUAGAACUCAAACUAGCCGUUGCACGGAAAAUGAAGGAUGAAGAUGGUUUUUAUUAUCCACAUAAUCUUGAUUUUCGUGGUCGUGCAUACCCUAUGCACCCGUAUUUGAACCAUCUUGGCUCUGAUUUGUGCCGUGGAAUCCUCGAAUUCGCGGAGGGGCGCCCACUUGGAACGUCCGGUUUACGCUGGCUGAAGAUACAUCUAGCGAAUGUAUACGGUGGUGGUGUUGAUAAGUUAUCAUAUGAAGGUCGUGUAGCAUUCAGUGAAAACCAUCUGGAGGAUAUUUUUGACUCUGCAGAAAGGCCACUGGAAGGAAAGCGGUGGUGGUUGGGGGCGGAAGAUCCUUUUCAAUGCUUAGCAACAUGUAUUAAUAUAGCUGAAGCAUUGAGAAGCCCGUCUCCAGAGACCGCUAUAUCUUAUAUGCCCAUUCACCAGGAUGGUUCGUGCAAUGGGCUACAACAUUAUGCUGCCCUUGGUAGGGAUAAGUUAGGAGCAGCUGCAGUCAAUCUUGUUGCUGGAGACAAGCCUGCUGAUGUUUACUCUGGAAUUGCUGCUCGAGUUCUUGAUAUUAUGAAGAGAGAUGCAGCUAAAGAUCCAGCAAAUGAUCCAAAUGUGAUGCGUGCCAGGCUGUUAAUUAACCAGGUGGACAGGAAGUUGGUCAAGCAAACAGUUAUGACAUCAGUGUACGGUGUCACAUAUAUUGGUGCUCGCGACCAAAUCAAGAAAAGAUUGAAGGAGCGUGGUGUUAUUGAAGAUGACAAUGAGUUGUUUGCAGCUGCCUGCUAUGCAGCAAAAACCACCUUGACUGCCUUAGGAGAGAUGUUUGAAGCUGCUAGAAGUAUCAUGAGUUGGCUUGGAGAUUGUGCAAAGAUUAUAGCCAUGGAAAACCAUCCUGUACGAUGGACUACUCCACUUGGACUUCCUGUUGUGCAACCUUACCGCAAAUUAGGAAGGCAUCUUAUUAAAACUUCCCUUCAGAUUUUGACAUUACAGCGUGAAACAGAUAAGGUAAUGGUUAAGCGACAGAGAACAGCAUUCCCUCCAAAUUUCGUUCACUCUCUCGAUGGCUCCCACAUGAUGAUGACUGCCAUUGCCUGCAAAGAAUCUGGCUUAAGUUUUGCAGGGGUGCAUGAUUCAUACUGGACACAUGCCUGUGAUGUUGAUCAAAUGAACAAAAUCUUGAGAGAGAAAUUUGUUGAACUCUACGACGCACCCAUAUUGGAAAAUUUACUGGAGAGUUUUCAGCAGUCAUUCCCUGACUUGCAAUUUCCUCCCUUACCGGAGCGGGGUGAUUUCGAUUUAAGAGAAGUUUUGGAAUCUCCCUACUUUUUCAACUAGUCGUGCAGUCUUAUAUUUUGAUUUUGUGUGGUCGAGUAUUUGCUUUGUCCCUUAUAAUGACGAAACUCAUGGGAACUUCAAACGCUUGGAUCCAUUGCGCUGCAAGUGAGGGAACACGAGCCUGUACUGACACAUUGGCUGCUCAGCCUAGAUGACCAUGCCAUAUGCUAGUGUAGAAGGCGGUAUUGACCAUUCAUGUUAGACAAGGAAGGAUUUCUGGGUAUGAGUUGGGCUGCUAUGCCUAUAUGCUAUUGGGAAAUAUAAGCUGCUCUACAAAAAGUUGCACCGGGUGAAAGCAGUCGGCAACUGGUUUCGAUGAAAUAUUAUUUGUGUACAAGCAUCUAGAGGUGUAAGCUAAAGCGAAAAAGCCUCCGGCAUGUGUACAUAGAGCAAGGAACCGGCAUGAUUGUGAUGGAAUGCAUCAACUUCCUUCAAUAAUACUGGAAAAACAAACUAAUGAAGACUGACCUAGAUGGCUCUACAGAGUGCUGAGUAGAACAGUAAGAUAGUUUCUUCCCUUUUUCCUCAAUAAAAAUUGAUUAUUACUUGCUUUUGUACCAUUUACAUAGUAGGUUGUAUAUAUGUUUUGUGGUGGAAUGUCACCUCAUUUUUUUAUACCUCUGAGCUUUGUCCUGAGCUUUGUCCUGAGCUUUAUUGUAAUAAGAACACAGUUCUCAUGUUUUAAUAGAAAGGAGAUAUGUUCUU